GCAGUCAGGCUAGUGUGCGCCCCGACAAGGAGGCGGAGGAAGCCGGCGACGGAAGGGAAUCUCCCGCCAUUUUUCAAUCCUUUCCCUUUAUUUAGAGUUUGUGACGGAGGCGGGCGGGAAGCCGGCGGCGGAGGUUCGGACGGACGAGCAGGCGUUGUGUAGCUGCAGGAUCUCGGGCUGAACGGGCCGGCCUCACAGGGACCGCUCUCCCCCGGACACACGCACCGCUCCCGGGAUGGCGCCGCUGCUGGGCCGCAAGCCCUUCCCUCUGGUGAAAGCGCUGAGCGAGGCUCCCGGAGACGGGGAGGUGUUUACAGUGGAGCACUCCGGGGAGGCCUUCCGGAGCCGGGAAGAGUAUGAAGCACGUCUGGAACGAUAUGCAGAACGGAUCUGGACAUGCAAGAGUACGGGAAGCAAUCAGCUGACUCACAAAGAGGCCUGGGACGAGGAACAGGAAGUGGCAGAGCUCUUGAAAGAAGAAUUCCCUUUGUGGUAUGAAAAGCAGGUGCUAGAGCUUGUUCACCAUAACACAAUCUCCUUGGACAAAUUGGUUGACCAGGCUUGGAUGGAGAUAAUGACAAAGUAUUCUGUAGGGGAAGAGUGUGAAUUUGAGGUGGGACCAGAAAAGUACUUGAAAGUGAAAAUUGAACAAAUGCAUCCUCUAGAGACUGAUGAGAUGCUGGCUACAGAAAAAAAGGCUGAUGCUGCUUGCGAUUCUCCAUCAAGUGAUAAAGAAAACUCCAAUCGGAUAGCUCAGGACAACCAGUUGAAAGAAGAAAGUCGAUUAGAUACACUGAGCAGCCUUAGAGAAAGCGACAGGGCUAGACGCUCUCCUCGUAAACUUCCUGUAAGCUUAAAAAAGGAGGAGAAAAAAUGGGUUCCACCCAAGUUCCUGGCACACAAAUAUGACGUGAAGCUACUCAGUGAAGACAAGGUAAUCAGCCAUGUUCCUGUAGACAGCUUGUAUAGAUCAGAGCGUCCACCCAAUAAGGAGAUCCUUCGUUAUUUUAUACGUCAUAAUUCGCUGCGAAUUGGCACGGGAGAAAACGCACCAUGGGUGGUGGAGGAUGAACUUGUGAAAAAGUAUGCACUGCCAAGCAAAUUUAGCGACUUUUUACUAGAUCCACAGAAAUAUAUGACUUUGAAUCCCUCUCCUGGAACAAAGAGAAAAAGCUUAUGUUCUCCAGAUCGAAAACAGGCCAAGAAGGCCAGAACAGAUGGAGGUAAAAAGUCUCCACUCAGCCCCACAAUGUGGUGCCAGGUUAACCUAAAGAAGACAGUACUACAUGGGUCUCCGCUGAAAUUGAAGAAUCUGGGUGAUCAUGCCUCACAGGAGGAAAUAGAACAACUGAUGAAGAUGAUGAGUUCAAAAUCCAAUUUCAAUGGCAACAAGAAAGGUGGGAGUCUCACUGGAAAGAAACAAGAUAAGAAAAAAUCCAAAGGAGGGAAGUCACAGCUUCUGAAUGGUCAGAAAAUAUCUGGUAAGGCUCGCUCUCCUAAAAAGAACUUGAAGAACCCAAAAAUGAAGCAGAUGACUUUACUGGAGAUGACCAAAGGCUCCUCUAAAGUGUCACGGCCAUCAAAAGGUAGCUCUGGCACUCCGAAAUCAAACAAUAAACCCCAUAAGCAGCUACCUCCAGUUGCUCUCCAUUUAAUCUCUUAUUACCGCGACAAUAAAGAUCGUGAAGAUCGCAAGAGUGCACUGUCUGCUUUCAUCUCUAAAGCAGCGAGAAUGCUUUCUGCAGAGGACCGGAACAGACUACCUGAAGAACUGCGGGAGUUGGUGCAGAAAAGGUAUGAACUUCUGGAAGAGCGGAAACGCUGGUCAAUGAUGACUGAAGAGGAGAAAGAAGAGCACAUGAGGCAGAAAAGGGCAGCAUUGAGAGCACGGAUCAAUGAGAAAGCUAAGGAGCGCAAAGCGAAAGAGAGAGAGGAGCGUCUGGAGAAACUGAAGAGGUAUGAAGAUCAGGAACUGACUGGAAAGAACUUGCCAACCUUCAAAUUGGUAGAUACCCCUGAAGGUCUUCCCAACACACUCUUUGGGGAUGUAGCAAUGGUGGUAGAGUUUUUAAGCUGUUACUCAGAUCUUCUACUGCCAGAUGGACAAUAUCCAGUGACCUCCGUUUCUUUAAUGGAGGCUCUUGCAGCAGAAAAGGGAGGCUUUAUGUACCUUAACAGAGUGCUCGUAGUGCUUCUUCAGACUCUUUUGCAGGAUGAGAUCGCUGAAGACUAUGGGGAAUUGAACAUGAGGUUAUCAGAAAUUCCGCUUACCCUGCAUUCUGCUUCAGAACUUGUACGCCUCUGCCUUCGUAAGUCAGAUUCCCCUGCUGGAGAAAGUGAAGGGUCAAACAAGGAGGAAGAGGACAGCGAGGGCUCUCCAGUCUUUCAGGAUGAUGAAGUGGAAGACGAGUUUCUGGAAAAGUUGGAGACAUUUGAGUUUUUCGACCUUACCACAGAAGAAAAGCUUCAUAUUCUUGCUGCUCUCUGUCACCGUAUACUAAUGACUUACUCUGUGCAGGACCAUGUAGAUGCAAAACAGCAGUGCUCUGCUGAGCUGUGGAAAGAAAGGCUUGCUAUUUUGAAAGAGGAAAAUGAUAAAAAGCGAGCAGAAAAACUAAAACGAAAGGAACUUGGGGCUAAGGGUAAGGAAGAAAGUGUGCCCCCCAAGAUUGCAAAAAAGCCAGAAAAGGUUGUAAAGGCAGACCCAGUGGAUCAGGAAGCAGAGGAUAUGAUCAGUGCUGUGAAGAGCAGGAGACUACAGGCCAUGCAGGCAAAGAAAGAGAAGGAGGAAUCAGAAAAGCUGGCAAAAGAGCGAAUGGAAAGAGAGGCUGAGGAGGAGAGGCUACGAAAGCAGAGAGCAUCACAGGAGAAGGCAUUUCACGAGGGAAUUGCUAAGGCCAAACUUGUGUUAAGAAGGUCUCCGAUUGGUACUGACCGGAGCCACAAUAGGUAUUGGCUUUUUUCUGAUGGUGUUCCUGGGGUUUAUAUUGAGAAGGGAUGGGUUCAUGACAGCAUCAAUUACAGUUUCAGUCUUCCUGAACUGGAGGAUGAGGAGGAGGAUGAGGACGACAACCAGGAUGCUGAAGGUAAUGCAGAGAGUGAGGAUGCAGAAAGCAGUGUUGGUGGCCCUGAGGAUUCUGUCCAGAAAGAGAUACAGGUGGAGACCACUGUUCCCAAACAGGGGCAGAACCUAUGGUUCGUUUGUGAUACCCAGAAGGAAAUGGAUGAACUGCUGGAAAGCCUACACCCCCAGGGAGUUCGAGAAAGCCAACUGAAGGAUCGUCUGCAAAAGAGAUAUCAGGACAUUAUGCAUUCCAUACACCUUGCCCGCAAGCAGAACCUUGGUUUGAAAACCUGUGAUGGCCAUUAUGAGCUUCUUAAGUUUCUGCGAAACGAUGUGAUUGAGGUGGCAACAAGGUUACAGAAGGGAGGCCUAGGCUAUCUGGAUGACACAAUAGAGUUUGAAGAAAAGGUCCGUUCCCUGGAGAGUCUGAAGGAUUUUGGGGAGUGCAUUAUAUCUCUUCAAGCAGCUGUUAUCAAGAAGUUCCUCCAAGGGUUCAUGGCACCAAAACAGAAAAAACGCAAGGCACAGUCUGAAGAAUCUGCAGCAAAAACUGAGGAACAGGAUGAGGAAAAGAGAAUGGCUGAAGAAGCAAAGGUUGCCUCAGCUGUGGAAAAGUGGGCGUCUGCUAUCCGUGAGGCUCAAACGUUUUCCCGCAUGCAUGUGUUGCUUGGGAUGCUAGAUGCCUGCAUUAAAUGGGACAUGUCUUCUGAAAAUGCUCGUUGUAAAGUCUGUCGCAAAAAAGGUGAAGAUGACAAGCUAAUACUCUGUGAUGGGUGUAACAAGGCAUUCCAUCUCUUCUGUCUGCGCCCAGUAUUGCUUAAUAUACCAGAAGGAGAGUGGCUGUGUCCAGCAUGCCAGCCAGCCACUUCCAGGCGCAGUGCCCGUGGCAGGAAUUAUGCUGAAGAUUCCACAAAUGAUGAGGAUGACGAAGAGGAGGAGGAAGAAGAAUCUGAGGAGGAAGACGAGGACUCGGAGGAUGAUGACGAUGACAAUGAAGCAAUGGGAUUGAGAUUGAGAUCCCGUAAAACAAAAGGCAAAGCAAGCAAACUCCAUCGUCAGCGUGGGCGUCCUUCCAAGCGCAGUCAGCAACCUUCUCGCUCAUCUCGACAACGCACACCACCAGACAAUGAUGCAGAUGUGGAAGAAAUGAUACGUCAUAGUAAGCCCCCCUCCAGGCGCCAGAACCAAGAGCUGCAGAAGUGUGAAGAACUGUUGUCCAAACUUAUAAAAUACAGAUUCAGCUGGCCUUUCAGGGAGCCUGUGAGUUCUGAAGAUAACGAAGAAUAUCUCAAGGUUGUCACAAGCCCUAUGGACUUCCAGACCAUGCAGAGCAAGUGUUCAUGUGGUAACUACCAGACAGUGCAGGAAUUUCUCAAUGACCUUAAACUGGUAUUUGGGAAUGCAGAGAUGUAUAAUGAUCCAGGAAGCCCUCAGAUGUCUUGUUUGGAGAAAACUGAGCAAUGUGCUAAAGACCUCCUCAGCAAGCACCUCCCAGGACAUCCUUACCAGAGGAGGCAUCGUAAACAGCAGGCUCCCCAGCCAGAGCCUACCAACGCUGGCAGGGGGCGCAAGCGGAAGAAAUGAAUACUUUGACUGGAAAGGGGACGGGGUAGGGGUCAAGGGUUUGAGGGAGAGGAAAACUGGAGGUUGUGGGGACAAAAGCUGUAGGUCAUUCCCCCAGAUCUGAAGACCAAAACCUGCUUUUGUUGAAAAGGAAAGAAUUUAAGGAUGGCUCAUUAAAAAUUUGGAUGUGUGGUUGAUUCUUCUCUGGCGUCUGCUGAAGCCAAGUUAAGGACAAUUACAAAUCAAAGUUGAUUAAAACCAAAAACAUGGUUCCCAUUACUCAACCUUGUAAAAUUUGCUGCUACCCAAUACUAUGUUAACCCUUUUUAGUUAUUAAUGUCUGCAGGCUCACUGCUGAUUUUUUCUUUUUUUAAGUUUAUGUAAAUGUUAGGUUCUACAGUGCUUUGAUUCAAACUCUGUUUUUGUACUUGAAGAGUCAGAGCUGCACAUAGAACAGUCAUAAGCACUUAUUGAUGUAUUCAGGCAGUGAAAAAAUUGAGCUUUCAGUUCCUCACCACCACUCUGAUCUCUAAAAUAGCAGAGUGUUCCUGGCCCUGUUUACAUUGUUUCGUAAGAUUUCCACACCGACCACUGUUUAAACCUAGAAUGUAGUGGUGUCUUGUAAUUUCUCAAAUCUGCUCUGCUCUCGUUAAUGUAGAAUAAUACCAUAUUUUUGUAAACAUGUCCCAGACUCUCAAUUGGAGGCAGCGUUGAGGCUGGGUUAGAUCUUGUACCCCAUGUCACCAGCACCCAAGUAUUGUAUUGUUUCUGCCGCCCUAUCUCUUUAAAGGCUACCAGCAAACCCUUCUAACACAGGCCGGUUUUGGAGAGGAAUGAAAACAGACCUUGCUGUCCCCUCUGCCUCCCCCUCCCUUAAUAAAUAAAUAAAUAAAAGAUGGGUUCUUUUUAAUUCUUCUUCUAUGCCGACACAGGUAUCGACCGUCAAACAGGAAAGUCACUUUUGUGUAAUUUUUUUUUUUUUUUUGUACUGACCUAUUUCCCCCCCUAUUUUCUAGAUAUUCAAUGUUUGCUUGUGAUCUUGUAUAAAGGGAGACUUUGUCUGGAUUUGGCACAUGUACAGUACAGUUUAUAUGAAAACAAGUGUUUGCCUUUAUUAAUAUUAAAACAGAAGGAACCACGU